CCCAAGUAAACCCAGCUCAGGCUGGCCACUUGACAUGGCCACCGUCGAUAUCUCACCGGGGAUUGGCCUUGGGCUUAUCGUCAUGACCACAUGGCUUCCCGCGGUCAGGUGUGUUUCGAGAAUCUUCAGAUCUUGGUUGACGAGGCUCUGUGGUUAUUUUGGCUCUUGCAUCUCCAGCUCGCGACAUGUUUCCAACUUUCCUGUUCCUGAUAGUCAGUGGUGCUUUUACGACAUCGGGUGUUUCGCAUGCCCUUUUUCUGUCAGCGUCCAUCCGCAGUGCUUUUGUCUUCGUUCGCCGGCGUACAGAGCUUACGGCCAGUCAGAUGUGCAUGAGGCUUUGGACACCUUCAAGCAGACACUCAGAAGACAGGCCAAUCAUCAAACGGAGCGGGUGGCCGCAUGAACGAUCGCCCGCCGUCGUCUCGCGUUGGAAAAAAAGAGUGAAAGGACCGCGAGCGUGUUCGUUCCUAUUCUGAGCGCGUCCCCAAGGCCCAUUCGCAGCUCCGGUAGACGGACGAUGUUCGAAUGCCUCCUCCACAGCCGGAUGGGGAAAGGGGGACGA